AGAAUAAUACCCACCACACAGAGACUAAUAUCUGACCAUCGCAGACUAAUACCCACCACAUAUAGACUAAUAUCUAACGAUCGCAAAUUAAUACCAAAAGUAAUUAAAUUGGCUAAUGAACAAAUAUCCAAACAUCCCAGACAAAUAGUUGAAAACAUGAACUAAUAUCAAUUCAACCAAAGCUAAUAUCCGAACCACCUAAACUAAUACCCAUUCUUUGCAAAAACAAAUACAAACACCACCGAGUUUAAUAUCCGACUACAAGACUAAUCACUAAAUCAUAAACCCUAAACUCUCACUCUCAUACUAUUAUUGUUUCAUGGGCCUUCGGCCCAUGGGCCCUCGGCGGGCAGCCCUAACUAAGGUUGCAAGCCUUAUGUGCUAGGACUUGAUAGUGUGUUUAAUUUUGAUGGAAGACACAAUAUUCAUUACUUCACAAACUAAUAUCCACUGCAUAUAAAAUCAGUUCAUGCAAAAAUAAAUAUCCAUACCGCCCAUACUAAUAUCUGACCACAUAAACUUGAAAUCCUUCAGCCCAUGGAUAAAUAUCCACACAAAAAAGAAUGAGAGGUUGAGAGAGAAAAGAAGUGUUCCAAAAAUAAAUUAUCUCAAUCACUCUCUUUUUUCCCCACUUUUUCGUCACUUCUCUCUUCCUUGCAAUUACUUUUUUCCUUUUUUUCUUUUCAUUUUCUGUCACUUCCCUCCUCUCUCCAAUUAUUUCUCACUUUUCUUUAUAUUUAUUCGUCACUUCUCUCCUCUCUCCAAUUAAUUCUCUUUUUUUUUUCCUACUUUUUUCUUUGUGGACCCGCAGAAUCCACUUUAUCAGCUUCUCUCCCCCAUUUUAAUCAUCCGUCGGGCCCACUUUUUCCCCUUUCUCCCGCCCAAAACAUUGACUUCUACUAAGCCAAACCCAUCGGCUCCCCCCUUUACUCGGCUGGACUAAAAAGCCCACAAGAAGUCACUUAAAUGUGCCUUCCAUUUGCAUCCCUUGAAUAUGAGCUGCCUCCACGUGGGCCUCCAUCCAACCCUAUCAUUAUUUGCUAACAAAAGACAUUGUUAGCGGUUUAACUUUUUCGCUCAUUUUCACUUCUGCCGCUCACAACUCAAUCUCCCCAUCUCCCUGCUUUUCUUCCUCCCUCUGAAAAUCAACGAUCAACCAAAGAAAAGAAAGAAACAAAAACAAACUUUCCUCUUCCCCCUCCUCUUACUCGAUGUGCUCCUCUCCUCAUUCUCAAUUAUGGCGACGAUGGAGAAGGAAUGAUAGAUCGGUAAGCAUUUCGAUGCAUGCAUGCUAUUUGGAUUUGGAUUUUUGAUUCUUUGUUCUGAUUUUACUGGGUCUCGUUGGAUUUUUGGGGUUUCUGACUCUCUUCCUUUCUAGCAUCGACGAGGAGAAAGAAAGAGAAAGGAGCAAAAUGCGGUGGCGAAGUUGAGAGUGACAGCAAUUGGCGCGCGCUAGUGAAGACGACGACGAGGUGAGAGAUGACUUUUUGGCUUGCAACUCGAGUUUGGGUUCGAUUUGGUCAUUUGGGUUCUGAUUGUUUUUUUCUUCGUAUUUCUGGGAAUUAGGCGAAACCCAGAGAAAAAGCGGUAGAGGAGCUGCGACACCCUCAUCGAUUGUAAGUGGCGAUUUGGGUUUUGCAUGCUCCUUUUUGUUUGAUUAUGAUGUGAUUUUUUAUUUGGGGUUGACUUCAUUUUCUUUCGUUUUGGUUUCUUGGUUCUCGUCUAGGAUGAGGGGAAGGAUCCAUUAGUGACAAAGACGGGAGAAGGUGGUCUCCGCCGGCAAGGAAUUCUGGCGAUGACGAGGAGAGAAGAAAAAAGAAGAGUCACCGGCGCUCUAGUUCCGCCGGCGACGAGGAAAACCCAGAGCAUGACUGUUGGAGGUUCCACUUGGUAAGUUUAUUUCUUUCUGGGAACCUGAGGUUUGCUUUUGAUGUCGCUUUAGAGGCUGAUUUGGUGUUUAUAUGGAGUUUUACCAAUCUUGGAUUUCGAUUGGGAUUGUUUUGAAAUUGGAACUUGUGGGUAUAAGAUGUGGAUUCGAAUCUAAAAAUUUGUAUACUGUGGGUUAUGGUUUAGGGAUUUUGGCGCUACCAUGUUAUACUAAUUGUGAUCAUGAUGUUUUGAGUUAUACAACGUUUAUGAUGUUUGGUUUGAUUCUUGAAUUCUAUUUGUGGUAUUAGUGAGUUUUUGGUAACCGAUGAUUUGAGGGGUGGUCGAGCUCAAAUCUGUCCUUUUUUGUGGGUUUUAUGGGUGAAUUCGGUUUUGGAAACUUGACUGGUGUUUAGGGUAAAUUUCUGGGUUUUAAGUUUCUUGUUUUGGAAACUCAGAUUUGAUCAUUUGAUUUAGGUGGGUUUCAAAAGGUUUGCGUUGAGGUUAAUAUGGGGGUUUUAUGAAUCCAAUAUGGUUUUGAAACUGGGACUUGUAAUUUGAGUUCUAAGGAUGGUUUCGAUUUCAAAAAGGGUAGGGGGGUUUAGGUUUAGAGCGGAAGUCCUUCAACAAAAUAAAUGCAUUUCGAGAUACCUUCAAGUGUUUUGGUCUAAUUGAGCCUUAUAUGUAACAAACUUGGAAAAUCGAAGCUAGAAAAGAAGAAAACAAUCUGAUUUUUAUCACUAUAUGCUUAAACAUGUAUAUGCAUCUACGGAAAGACCACAAAAUAACCUCAGAUAUGAUUUUGAUUGCUUUGAUUGGUUAGAGUUGUUACUGCCAUGUUGUAAUUUGCUUGUUAGUCAAUUGAGCUUUGAUCUUUCUUUUAGAGUUAUAUAGAUGUGUAUGAUGAAUGGUAAAGAUGAUGAUGGUUGGUGGUGGUAUGAUAUAUGAUGGAGUACAAUAAGCGAAGGCGAACAUAAGGAAACAAAGUUAAAAAUACAUAUCUUUACUUGUAGUUUGAUAAUGAUUCCAACCUUACUUUGCCGCCUCCUUCUUGGGGUUUCUUUUGCUUUUCCUUUCCUUGUUUGGAGAUGAUUCUGUUCUUUCUUUCUUUCCAUUGCUUCUGGGAUUGCUUGUUGCGUGUUUUUUUGGUAUUGGUUGUUCUCUUGUCCAUCAGAGUAAAGGAAAGAUGUGCUUUUGGCUCUGAUAUCUGUACGUGGGAUUAAGGAAAGAAGGGGGAAAGUCUCUGGUGAAAGAAGGAAAAAGAAGUUUAGUUUCUCUGUUUAUUUACUGUCUUUUUGUUUGGGAUUGCUGUGGUUAAAGGGGAAGAAGCUAAGCUUGCUGUUUUUUGUGUUUUCAGGAAGGGAAAUGAAUACAACUUCGAGUCUUUCGAAUAAAAAAAAUAAAUACAUGAACAAGUGAAAAAAUGUUUCUCUCUCUAGCUCCUGUUUCCAUUUUCUCUGAACCCUCAGUGGUUCUUCUAGCUGUCCCCAACGGUGGGAUUCUUCUAACUCUCUAUGGAGAGGCAUUCAAGGCACCAGAACUGGUGGAGGAAGAUGGAUCAUCUAUUACACCUUCUCUGCUGCAAACAAAGACACAUCUACUUGUCAUAAAUGAUGGAAUUAACUCCUCUGUUCUGGUGGGUAGAAGGAAAGAGUACAAUGAAGAAGGGAGGAGUGAAUGCGAUGGGACUUAUCAAAAAGGGAAGAGAAUAAGCAGAAGGAUUAACUGGAAACCUCCAGAUUUAGUAGAUACAGGCUGGAGGAGGAAGAAACGCCCUCGAGUGUCCAAGGGGCUAUGUGAUAAAAAAUCAAAUCAAAGCCGAGCUAGAGAAAAGGUGCAGGAGAUAGGGGGAAAGGGUGGGGGUUCAUCAAUGGGUGAAGAGAUGGUUAACCGCCCCAACCACAUAUCAGUAAAGGAAGGGAGAAUCAGAGCUAUAUUAGAGAAACAAAACAGGGGAGGAUGCAUUUUACUUCAGAACAUACCUAUUCUCUGGACUGUUCUCGAGGGAAAAACUCUAUUUCUUCAUAAGCUCAACCCUUACCGAAAACACCACCUCUUCUACAGCCUCCGCCUCUCAAAAAUCAGGAUGGAUAUCAACAGCCUUGUGACCCGCACUGAGAAUCUAAGCACAGGGCGCCCCAACUUGGUGAUGACGGGAGGAAGAGGCAUCGCUAUGAUGCUAGGGAAGAUGAUGACUGAAAGCAAAAUCGCCAAAGCCAAGGCUACUGGAGCAGCAAAGUUUGCUUGGGGGAGGUAUGGAGAGGUAGGGGUGCAACCGGUUGAAUCAACCCACAACCUCUUCAUCUUUACCUUCGCAAGUGCUGAAAUCAGGGAGAAAGUCUGGUUAGAUAGGCCCUGGAGCCUAUCUAACACUCAAACGGCGCUGCAAAAAUGGAAUGGGAGAGGAUUACCAGAGGAAGUCAAUAUGGAUCGGCUGGCUUGCUGGGUGCAAAUCCAUGGUCUUCAUCAGUGCAUGAGAGUGGAAAGCAAUAUCAAAGACAUAGGUACUUACUACUUCCCCAAAUUUCUGGGUCUCGACAGGGGAGGGCUGGAGUUCAAUGGCUACAGGCUCUACUCAAGAGUGCUGGUGGAGCUCGAUUUAAAUGAACCUGUACCUGUGGGCUUCGAUUUCCCAUUCCUUGAUGAAAGCACCGGAGUUGAACACUGUGAAUGGAUCUCGUUCAAGUAUGAACGCCUUGUGGAGCUGUGCUACUUCUGUGGCUAUGUUGGGCAUAACUGGCCCACCUGUGCGCGCAUGGCGGAAGAUAGGAAGAGAGACCCAGAGGUUGGACUGUCGGAGAUCUACAAUGCGUCCCUCAAGGCUGGAAUCGACUCACCCAGAAGCUCACCGUCGGCGAGUGGGAGCAGCAGGAGGAGGAGUGGCGGAGGGAUGCUAUCGUCGCCGCUCUCCCAGCGAGGUGGGUCCAGCAGCUAUGGUUUGGGCGAGCAUGCCGAAAAAAGCAAAAAUCCAAUCUGUGUGACAGGAGGGGAAAGGACGAAGGAACAAUCAGUUCCACCAGGCUUUCGACCGUUGGAAGGAGGAGUUGGAGGAAGGGAGAAGCAAGAUGUCAACAUCACAAAGGGAAGGGAGAGUUGCAGGUAUAGGUCUAGUAUGGGGGCAAGGGACAUCUCCAGUGACUUGGAGGAAGCAGCGGCGGCGUUGGAGGCUAACCUAAGCCUAGGGGAAGAUGGAAGUGGGAAAGGAGGAAGGGGCCGAGAUGGUGUAGUGGAGACAGGCCUGUCUUUGGGCCCAACUGAGGGCUGCUAUGAAGCCCAUAAUACCCAAUCAUAUGAUUUAAGGUACUUCCAUGACCAGUCCAGAAUGGAGGGAGAGAUGGGUCGGGCCAAUAAAAAAAGGAAGGGAACAGAUCACAAAGAGGCCGAAAUUGCUUGGGAUUUAAAUGGGGGAGGUAGAUUUUCUCAAGAAGCCCAUAGUUCAAGCAUGUCUGAUGGGGUGGCAAACAGAGUGAGGAGGAAGAAAAAUACAAAAGGAAGCAAAAGGGUAGUAGAAAAGGGGGCAAGCAUAUCAAAGGAAGGAAUCUAUCUUGGAGAAGAAGGAGGAGCAAUGGCAGCGGUGGUUCGCCAGAAGCCACCUUACGAGCCAUGAGUUUGGUGAGUUGGAAUUGUAGGGGGUUUGGCCAACCCCUUACAAGAAGCUAUGCAAAAAGGCUUUUUCAGCGUUAUAGCCCAUCGAUUGUCUUUCUCAUGGAAACGAGUAAAAACGAAGCUUUUAU